UCGGGAGGCCUCUGAACUGAAACUGGCAAACCAGCCUGAAACAAAACAAUGCGUUCCAUCAUUAUGCUUCUGGUUAUCUUGUUUGGCUUGCUGACCCAGGCUUACACCCUCCCAGUUCAGAAUUCUACCGGUGCGAAUGAGGGGAAAGUGAGAUUUAAAAGGAAAUACUCAGAAGAAAUUUUGGAACAUGAUGAAAUGACUUCAAUGGAUCAAAUCCUGAAAGUCAACCACAAGCUACGAGCCCUGAGAGGAAUAUCAAUCAGAGACGGAGAUAUCGCUGUUUCAUUCGUACGGAGUGCCAUAAACUGCCCCGGCAAUGCCUGUCUUUGGCCUAAAUCUGUGGAUGGAUUUGUCUAUGUCCCCUACAUCCUAUCUCCACUGUAUGACGACAUGGACAGAAUCACCAUAGAAACUGGAAUGCAAGAUAUUUCCUCUGGAACAUGCGUUAAAUUUGUUCCCCGCACUCAUGAAGCCAACUUUCUUGAUAUUCAGCCUAGAUAUGGCUGCUGGUCAUUUCUGGGGCAGACUGGAGGGAGCCAGACCCUGUCACUGCAGACUCCUGGGUGCAUGUGGUCAGGAAUUGCUGCUCAUGAGUUCAUGCACGCUCUUGGCUUUGUCCAUGAGCAAUCCCGAUCAGACCGUGACCACUAUGUCACAAUUGUGUGGAAAAACAUCAUGCAAGAUCACAUACAUAACUUCAGGAAACAGGUGACAAACAAUCUUAACAGCCCAUAUGACUACAACUCUGUCAUGCAUUAUGGACGAUAUGCCUUCUCUGAAGAUGGUGGACCAACAAUAAUCCCCAAACCAGAUCCCUAUAUUCCCAUUGGCCAGCGAGAUGGGCCUAGUGCGCUGGAUCUUCAUAAAAUAAAUGUCCUGUAUAACUGUGGCACCAGUGACUAACUGGAUCCAGACAACUCUGCUGUUGUGUCCUGCCAGAUGUCAGAAAUAGUUAAUUAUAACUUCUCAUCUUGAGUUCAUAAUAUGGCAACAUUGAUUUAAGCUAAUUCUGUAGCAAUAUAUUUUUUAUUUUUGUGUCUAGUCUGUACUAUUAGAUUUUGUUUAUUCACCCUUGACUACAAUCUAUCAUUCUGCCAUGGGGUGUUAUAAAUGACCAGAUAACAACUAAGAGCUGCAUUUCUCUGAUAUAAUUAAAGCGCCAGGCACCUGCUGAUGCCAGUCACAUCAUUGUAUCCGAUCUCUGAAACAUUCUGUUCCA